CCCGGGCCGGGUGGCGGCGGGCUGCAGCGGCGGCAGAGCGAGCGGGCUCUCCGGCUGGGCCAUGCCGGCCGCACGCGUGGAGUACCUCGCGCCCUGGUGGGUGGUGUGGCUGCACAGGGUCCCGCACCUCAGCCUGCGCCUGCAGUGGGUGAACAGCACCUUCAACCCCCGCGAUGAGGAUUACCAGGAGUCGCUGCUGUUCCUGGGGCUGGUGGCCGCCGUCUGCCUGGGCCUGAACCUCCUCUUCCUCGCGGCUUACCUGGUGUGCGCGUGCUGCUGCGGACAGGCCAAGCCGCGCCGGUCCUGCUGCGUCACCUGGUCGGCCGUGGUGGCCGGGCUGGUCUGCUGUGCCGCGGUGGGCGUUGGUUUCUAUGGAAACAGCGAGACCAACGAUGGGGUGUACCAGCUGAUCUACUCCUUGGAAAACGCAAACCACACCUUCUCCGGGAUCGAUGCGCUGGUGUCCGGAACCACCCAGAAGAUGGAGGUGGACCUGGCGCGGCACCUGGCCCGGCUCGGUGAGAUCUUCGCCGCCCGGAGCGAUUACCUCCAGGUCCUGACGUUGGUGCAGCAGAGGGCCGCCAGCGUCAUCGAGCAGCUGUCAGGGGUGCCCGUGUGGACGGAGGUCACAGCCCAGCUGACCCGGCUGGCCGACCAGACCGGCUACGUGGAGUACUACAGGUGGCUUUCCUACCUCCUGCUCUUCAUCCUGGACUUGGCCAUCUGCCUCUUCGCCUGCGUGGGACUGGCCAAGCGCUCCAGGUGCCUCCUGGCCUUGCUGCUGUGCUGUGGGCUGCUGGCCGUGAUCCUCAGCUGGACGUCCCUGGCCGCCGACGCCGCUGCAGCCGUGGGCACCAGUGACUUCUGCGCGGCUCCCGACACCUUCAUCCUGAACGUUACGGAGGGCCAGCUCAGCACAGAGGUGACCCGUUACUACCUGUACUGCAAUCAGAGCAUCAGCAGCCCCUUCCAGCAGGCACUGACCGUCUUCCAGCGCUCGCUGACUGCCAUGCAGAUCCAGGUGGCCGGACUGCUGCACUUUGCUGUGCCCAUGUUCCCCACGGCGGAGGAGGAUCUGCUCAGCAUCCAACUCCUGCUAAACUCCUCAGAGUCCAGCCUCCACCAGCUGACGGCCUUGUUGGAUUGCCGAGGGCUGCACAAGGACUACCUGGACGCCCUCGCCGGCGUCUGCUACGAUGGCAUCGAGGGCCUGCUCUACCUGGGCCUCUUCUCCCUCCUGGCGGCCCUGGCCCUCUCCACCAUGAUCCGCGCGGGGCCGCCGGCCUGGAAGCGCUUCACAGCCAGGGACAGAGACUAUAACGACAUCGAUGACGACGACCCCUUCAACCCCCAGGCCCGGCGCAUCGCCGCCUACAUGCCCUCGCGGGGGCGGCUUCCCAGCUUCUGCAGCUACAGCAGCAGCCUGGACAGCCAGCCCGGCCUGCAGCCGCCGGCCCAGACCGUCUCCAACGCCCCGGUCUCGGAGUACAUGAACCAGGCUGUGCUGUUCGGUGGGAACCCCCGCUACGAGAACACGCCGCUCAUCCGGAGAGGCUCGCCUCCGCCCACGUACUCUCCCAGCAUGCGGGCCACCUACCUGUCUGUCGGGGACCAGCACCUGCGGCACUACGGGAAUGAGUUUCCAGCCUAACCCUCCCCGAGGCGCCUGCCGCCUCCGUCCGGCUUGGUUUGUGAUUCGUUCGCCUGAAAGCUGCGUGUCUUCAAUAGAAGCCAAAGGCCUCUGGGAACCGCCUGCGGGAUGGCAGGGCUGGACGGCGCCUGGGCCUGGCUGGGACCCUGACCAAAGCCGCAGGCAGACGGAGGGCCCACCACCUGGACCCACCACCUGGACCAGCCUCUCCCUCCGCUGGCCUCCUCUCCACACCAGAAAUGUCCCCCAGCUGCUCGGCUGCCCCUACACCGGGAGCCUGGAUCCGCUCGCUCCUAAUCCUGCCCUCGCCGGGUGGGGAUGGCAGCCAGGAGGGGCCGGCUCAGGCCCGAGGGUCCCAUUGCCAGCCCUGUGCCUCCUGCGAGCGUUUUCCUGCAGGCAGAGGUGGGAGCGCUGAUCAGGAGAUGCUUUUAGGAAGGCGAUGUCCCCAGUGAGACCAGAGACUGUCCAAAUCCGUCUCCUGGGGCCUGGGGGCCUCUUCCCGGGCCACAGGGAAGGUGCUGGGGACCCCCGCCUAGGAGGACGGCUGCCUCACGCCUGGCAGCUCCGCAGUGACACCAGGUGGGAAUGUGGGUGUCAGUCUGCUCCAUCCCCGGCCUUUCCGCAGUCCUCGGUCGCCUCACCUCCAUUCCAGCUCGAUGCUGGGAGUGCGUUCACGGCCGACAGGGGCCGUCUCAGGAAUUCGCGGACACUUUGAAAGAGACUAACUCGUCUUUCCCCAGCGUUUUAAAUGCUUGGAUUAGCCAAAGAAUUGAGCCUCAGGGCACAGUUUUUACAGUAGAUCUGGCUCGUUCCCUUACCCCUGGUUUGGAUCCCACUCCUUUUCCGGUCUUGCUGACACUGCCAGGCCAUUAAGGACCUAGGGGAGGGGGGGAGAUGGGGGGAUUUUUAAACAGAAUAAAGAUCAGUGAGACCUCCUGUCCUAAGCUGCUGUUUGAUGGCCCUUUAAGGGGGGAAGGAAGGACAAACGCCCGGGCCAGCGUUCCCCUCCCUUUUGUCUUCAGGCAAGUUUGUCAGUAAAGGUUUCAGCAAAGCUGGACAACUGUGUCGUCUUUCCUGCCAUCACCGACCCCCCCCCCCCCCCCC